UUCACUACAGCUGUCGCCUCAGUUCGGUAUUGAGAUUCUUGAAUCCUUCAGUUCAACAGUUUUCAGCACUUCCCGAACAAGAUGAAGAUUCUGGUGCUUCUCGUCGUGUGUUUCCAAGUGAUGGGAAUUCUAACUGAAGAUGCCAUUCAGACCAAUUUUACGUUGAACUUUUUCCGCCACUGCUAUCGAGCUAAUCCGAAUCAGAAUACGAUCCUAUCGCCAAUAGCGAUUCACACUUUGCUGGCGAUGAUGUACGAAGUGGCCCAGCCGGAUGUGGCUGCAGAACUAGGACGCGUCCUGGAGCUUCCGGUUGAGCCGGAGGUGAUUCGAAAAAAUAUCCACAAAAUCAAGUCGAGCUUCAACAACGACGCCCUGCGCAUGGUUUUCCAAAUGUACCACUCCAAUGUCUACGCCAUUCGACCAGAGCUUCAGCGCACUUUCGAAAAUCAGUUCCAAGUGCCCGUGGAAUCGGUGAACUUUAAUGAGAGUCAAAAGUUGGCCGACUCUGCCAAUCGAUGGGUGGAAAAUGCUACCAACUUCAUGAUCCGGGAUCUCUUCUCCCAGGAAGAUUUCUCCCAAGAUAACGUCAUGAUGCUGCUGAAUGCCGUAGCUAUGAAUGCCACUUGGGAUAUGCCAUUUUUUCGAGAAAAAACUCGGAAGUCAGUUUUCCACUUUGAAAAUGGGGAUCACGAAGUAGACAUGAUGUUCAAUCACAACUUUUUUCCGUUCUGCUCAGUGGCAGGGUUGAAUGUCUUAGAACUAGAAUAUUCCUUCGGCACAGAUCUAUCGAUGCUGAUAAUUAUGCCAGAGCCCGGAAAAUCCAUUUCGGUUGCCUUGGACCUUCUGAACGAUCAACAAAUUUUGGAUCAAAUUAAUCGCAAACUUAGCCAGUACCAAAGGCACCUUUACCUGCACAUGCCCAAGUUCUCAAUUGUUCAGAAAACAAAUGCCGAAGACAUUCUAUCAAGCAUGGGUUUGGAUUCGAUCUUUCUAGAGGAUGCUUUCCCAACCAGUGAUGUUCCCUCGAAGGUGUCCGGCAUCAAGCAAAACGCACGAAUCGAUGUCACUGAAAGUGGAACUACUGCCGCUGCUGUAACUGAAUUUCGAACAGACCGCAUCUCUGGCCCUUCACCGCUGUUCAUUGACCGGCCCUUCGUUUUCGUUAUUCGGAAGCAAUCUUCGAAGGAGAUUAUCUUCAUAGGACAGUAUUCAAUCUUCCAAUAGAAUGACUUAACCGGCUUUCGCAUAUUGAAAUUAUCGUAUAGGAAAAAUAGAACAAAAUUUAAUGAACGAUUCAAGCUUCCUUUUAUGUGAAGAGUAUCGAAAUCCAUAAUUUGUCUAAUGCACAAUCACACUGCGCCGAAUUCAACCUUCACAAAUUUACAACGAAUAAGAAUUUUCAGUGUAAUUUUGUGAGCUCUUGAAAGCAAAAGUUUUUCUUUUAAACUUUCUUGUUUUUGUAUUUUUGUUAUUAUUUGAGGAAAUCGGAAUGAAAACGAAAUCUUUUGGAAGAAAUUUCUUAGCGUUACAAAUAAUGGAAAAUCGUUACCGUCAACUGGGGCAACACUUUUCAACUUCAAUGACUUUAAAAACUCAAUGUCCACAGAUAAUCGUACCGUUUGUACAUGAAAAGUUUUAGGGUUGAU